GCCUACUUUGUUGUUCCGCUCUUUAACAACAAUGACACUGCACAUGCUUCCCGCAGUAUCUGACGUACAACCUAAACAACGCACGAUGAGCAUUCUCCACCUCUCCACGGACGUCCUCAAGCACAUUUUUGACAAUUUUAGAGAUCAUAAAAUCAUAUCUCAAGGAAGUAUGCAGUGGGGAUUCAGCAGCAUACGCUUCAUCGACGCAGAAAACAUCAAUCGCCAACAGACUGUCCGCAACCUACGUCUUGUUUGUCGUCUGUUCCAUGAUGUCGCAUCACCACUCUUGUGCCCAGUGCUGCGCGUCGAGCUCGAUGAAACUUCACUCCAGCGUGCUGAAAAUAUUUCUCGCAGCCCCAACCUUUCAUCCACGGUCCAUGGCAUCCAGGUAGUACUUCAUUACCGUCCGAAGCAACUUGCAAUGCAUUUGUCACAGUAUAAAACCUGGCGCCAAAAAGACCUCGAAGAGAGUUUGGGAACCUGUGAUUACUUGGCUGAAACGUGGUAUCUUGGAGGCCAUGAUAAGAGUGACGAUACUAUCUGCCCACUGCCGUAUCGACGGUAUGAGAAAGCCAUGGAUAAUUAUCAAGAGACUUUUCAUCGUGGUCCGAGCUAGUGAGUUCCGGGGGUGAAAUUGAGGAAGGGCAGGAUGACGAUCAAAAUGGUCGAUACCUUGAGUAUCAGCACAUUUUGCUCAAGGGACACGAGCAAUAUCAAAGAAAGCACGAGGAACAGCUUAGACUGAUUGCAGACGGAUCGUUUGCAAAUAGACUGGCGGCAUCUAUAUCUAAAAUGAACCAUGCCACAUCUCUUGGCUUCAUCGACAAGAUAGAUUGUAUCCCAGACCCAUAUUUUGAGGAUCCCACUCUCUUGUCCACCAGCAUGGACGAUCUCCGUAAACUCAUGUCCAAGGCACAUGAAUGGUCCACAAUCGAACAGAUGGACAGAGCACCGGAAUUGUUGCCAGCAAAACUCCUCUCGGAGAUCCCGAUCGCUGUGCACAAGGCGGGGGUUAAUUUACGAGAUAUAAAUAUUGGCUGCUUUCCGACGAGGGGCAACCAAACCAUGGUUUUUCCAAGCCAUCAGGACCACUAUAACGCAAAAUGGUCUGACCUCCGUGCCGCAUGCCAGUCGAUUUCCAAGUUUUCCUUUGGAGCAGGUAACAUGAACAAGAAGCCUGUCCGAGACGAGCCUUUGGCAGCAAAAGACCAACAAGCCAUGGAUCAGUACCUUAGCACGAUGAUCAGUGGGAACAACCUCCAGGACUUAAUGCUCAACUUCCACGUUUUCGGAAUCAACACUAGAAGAGCAGGAGAAUUAAUAGAGGAGCCUCAUCAUAUCGGUAAGCUACUCGAGUCGGUCGUUUUGCCGCGCAUUACUACUCUGCAUUUAGGUGGAGGAGCUGCCAUGAAUCAAGAUGAGUUGGAGCAUUUCUGCCGUGGAUUAGGAGGUACCCUGACGAGCGUUCAUCUACACAGCCUGGAUUUGUCGAAUGGAAGCUGGGCAGGUAUACUAGAUAUAUUGCGCGACAAAGUUGGGACAAGGCGCUUGGAAGGGAGGUGCAGAGUGAGUGCUUUGGGCUUGAAGGGAGGUGAGUUUGGGCAGAGAAAGCGGAGAGACCCCUUUGCCAGCUUUCUGAAGUGGGCUAUUGAACCAGAGCCUUCAAUUGUCCUCAGAUCGUUUCAAUAUGUCACAGGUGCAGAGGAAAUGGCGAACCCGCUACGCCAACACGAAAGCCAAGGAGCUGGUGCCUAGGGUGCCGGAAAAAUCACUUUCCCAAAUUGUCAGGACUAAUUAUACUGUGGAUUCAUAAAUCAUCAGGCA